AUGGCAGACCUAGCGCGGUCGCAGAUCAUCAAGGAGAACCCCAUUGGCAAAGGCCUUGAUGCCUUCCGCGCUUCAUUCAGUCUGAUCUGCGAAGGCGCGAGCGUCCCCUGCACUCCAGACUCGCUAGGCAGGCUCGACCGCGAAGGUAAGAACGACAGCACAGCUUCCCUUCGAAUCUCUCGCCUACUUCGUUCCAGCGGUAGUGGCAAGAAUCUCCUGAGCGAUCUCUCAAGACUCAAUUCCGCUGUCAACUCCGACGACUUCGACCUCAAUAGCAUCAAACCUCUUCUGAAUGCGGCUCUUACCGACGACCCGGACGACGCAGUUAUCUGGAAUGAAGUCUACCACGCCGUCACCGAAUCCACUCCGCCGCCCCGACCGACAGCAUCAUCACUCCACCAAACCCCUUGGCUGCACAACACGAGCAGCUUCGCGAACUCCUCCGAAGGCCGCAAAGAUGUGGACAGAGUCCUUAAGUUGGAGCUUGGUCCUCUCUACGUCGGGCUUCCUCGCUUCUACGAGACAUAUUUCGGACGUGUGGCCGGUCUUGAGACAGCGGCCGAGGCCGUCUUCAAGGAAUGCAAGGGAGGCAGCAAUCCGCUCUUCCAUGAAGGCUGGAGCGGAUGGCCAAAAGACGCAAACCAGGACGACGUCUUGAGCUGGUUUGCGGGCGUGUGCGAGAAGCUGGCGGCCUUUGCAGAACACCACGGGUCAAACCCGGCAUGUCGACGGAGACCAUUGGCACAACCCAACAAGCCAAUCCGCGGUUCCACAGGGGAACGCAAAUUGGACGUCGGCUUCGUGAACGACACCAAGGCCGACAAGGAUUCUCAAUGCCACUGGUCGCGGGUCCUCGUCCCCGGCGAGCUGAAAAGCAAUCCAUUGGCCGACACUGCGUCCAAGGCAUGGCUUGAUCUUGGGAGGUACGCGAGAGAGGUUCUCGCUGCUCAAGACACCCGUCGGUUCGUUUUAGGCUUCACCAUUUGCGGAUCUCUCAUGAGGAUAUGGGAGUUUGACCGGCUGGGGGGGGUCGCAUCCGAACAGUUCGACAUCAACAAAGAUGGACUGCAGUUUGUGUCCACGGUCCUCGGCUUUCUCUGGAUGAACGAGGAGGAGCUUGGGUUCGAUCCGACAAUCAUGACGGCAAACAACGAACGAUUUAUCGAGAUCGAGCGGGACGGCGCGACAGAACGCCUCAUCAUCGACCGGGUGAUGCAACGCGCACGUUGCAUAGCUGGUCGGGCGACGACUUGCUGGAAAGCUCACCGCGAAGGACACCCACAGUCAUCGCUUGUCAUCAAAGAUUCGUGGCAAUAUCCAGAACGUGACGAGGAAGGCGAAUUUUUACGCGAAGUGACCGGCAAAGGCGUCGUCAACAUGGCCCGCUAUUAUCACCACGAGACUGUCCAAGUUCAUGGCAUGGACGACGACAUUCAAAGCAACGUUCGAGGAGGACUAGAUGUUACCAGAGCUACGAACUACCGACCGGAACGUUCGAUGCCUCCACCGAGUACCACCAUUUCUGGUGCUUCGCGGAAAGGCCGUAGCAACAGCAUCGCUGGCAAGAAGCGGUCUUCAAGCCGAACUGGCGCCGCUUUGCCCCCCACCAAGCGAUCCUGUUCAGCAUCUCCAACGAAGGCCAGCAGCAACGCAAUGCCAAACCGGUUGCAUCGGCGUGUCAUUCUUCAGGACUACGGAGUACCCAUCUACAAGGCGAGCUCCCGAUCGUCUCUCCUUGCCGCACUGGAGGGCUGCAUUGAAGGACACGAAUCCCUGCACAAGGCCGGCUUCCUUCACAGAGACAUAUCCAUCAACAAUCUCAUGAUCAACGAGGACGACGAAAAUAUCUCCUGGCCUUCGUUCUUAAUCGACCUGGACCUCGCCGUCAGAGAACAACGUCAAGGCGCCUCCGGAGCGAAGGGCAAGACCGGCACGAGAGCAUUCAUGGCAAUCGGGGCCCUUCUAGGCGAACAGCAUUCCUUCAUGCACGAUCUCGAGUCGUUCUUUUGGGUCUUGUUCUGGAUAUGCAUCCAUUACAACGGGCCGGGCGAGAGCAGAAUCAUUCCACGGUUUGAGAAAUGGAAUUACGUCGAUACGGAGGAGCUUGCUGGGAUGAAACUCGGCGUUGUUGCGAAGGAGGCGAUUUUCAUGAAGACCAUCACCGAUAAUUUCUCGCCAUACUACCAGCCACUUAUUCCGUUGUUGGUCAGGCUACGAAAGACGGUCUUUUCCGGAGGCGGGCCAUGGGAACAAGAAGACGACGGGCUUUACUCUCGAAUGAGAGAAGCUCUCCAGGAGGAGUUGACACUCAUGUCGGCAGCGCGCAGGAGCCAACCUCCGGAUAUUGCUUACGAUACUACGGCGACUACUCUAGUGGAUGGGCCAGUUGGGACCGAAGCAGCGAAGGAAGACCAUGAAUGCGUAUGA